GCACUUGUACCUCAUCAUGAGCUCGCUCCUGGGAUUUCUAUGUGUGCUCUCAGCUUUCACAGCAACUGGUUAUUCCCUUUCAUGUAAGCUAUGCGUGGGUUCAGAUUCUUCAUCCUGCAUUGGUACAUUGGAGACAUGCCCCCCUGACCAUGCGUGUGGCGCUGUUCGCACAGUAACCAAAAUCAAUGAAAAUGAAGUGGACUUAUAUUUCAUCUCCUGCGUGCCUUUAAAAGAGUGUAACAGCCCUGGAAGUAUCAGUGUCCCCAAAGGAAAGAUACGGAGAGGAACCAGCUGUUGUCACACCAGCAACUGCAUCCCUCCUGCACCCCGGUUACGGCAGAUGACAAAGAAGCCAAUGGAUUAUUCUUGCAUGGCACAUGUGUGACAGAAACUUCAGCCCACUGCUCUGCAAGAGGAGGUAAUGGAAUGUACCGGAAAAGAAGACAUGUGCCUCUUCCAAACUUCCGUCACCACAGGUUUCAUCAACACCCAGGAAGCUCAUUUGUUUGUUUUAUCCACCAAAUCCUAUUGCGAUAAAUGUUUAAGUUUCUGUAAAAUCUUUUUUUUUUAAAUUUUUAUUUGAUUAGUUUGUCUUUUUGUCACUACAGUUUCGCUCCAAAUUAGACAAUGGGGCAACUCCCACAAAGGUCAUUUUUUCCUUCAGUAAUUUUUGUUUUCAGUCUUGUUUUACUUUUUUUUAUUU